AUGGCUGGUGAGGACUGGCCGGUGACGAGGGAGAUCACCCCACCCAGAAGCCCACCGAAGGAGCGCUGGUGCUGGGACUUUGCAGGUUUAGAGGGUCGAGAGGCCGCCAUCGAAAAACAGGUGUCUCCCCUACGGGUGAACCGAGACCAGUCGUCUGGUACCCGCCCCAAGCCCAGUACCUUCCAGUAUCUCCCGUCUCUACCGCUGUACCGCAUCCAUACCCUUACGUACUUUGCCUGUAUGUAUGUACCUCUAGGGUAA